AUGGACGGUGAACGAAUCCAGGUGGCCUUUUUCGAGGGCGUGGCCGCCGAUCAUCCGAUCGCGGUCUUGGCGCUGUACAACAAGGAGAAAGAUGUCAACAUCUUUGACAAAACGUUGGGCCAGGAGGUUCAGCAGGCUGUUGAUCUGAUUCAAAAGCGUGAGCCCGCGCUCGUAGUCGUGUGUAGCCGCCACGCCGCAAGUUUCUGCCAUGGCGCAGACAUCAAAGCCCAGGCUGCACUUCCCUUGGCCAGCACUGCUGCCCGACCCAUGGUGGAGGAGAUCAAGGAUUUGCUCAAUCAGAUUGAAAAUCUUCCCUACCCCACCGUCUGCUGCAUCAAUGCAACCUGUCUGGGUGGAGGCCUGGAACUCGCGCUGAGCUGCACCUAUCGCUUUGCCGAUGUCACUUGCAGGGCUAUAGGCCUCCCCGAGGUGCAGCUUGGCAUCUUGCCGGGUGCCGGAGGGUGCGUGCGUUUGCCCCGUUUGAUUGGCCUCACUCCCGCGCUCGAGCUGAUUGUGGCCGGAAAGACAGUCAAAGCGAAAAAGGCUCAGAGCCUCAAGCUCGUGCACGGCACGCUCGAGCAUCUCACUUGGGCCCGUGACGCAAGUGAACCGCCUUUUUUGGCGCAGCUGCGAAACAAGCUGCAGCGCGGUCAACUGCGCCACGUCCCCGCAGCCUCCAAAUUUCCCAGCCACCUCUUCGGCCAGACCUGGCUCGAGCAACAGCUCAUCUACACCGUGACCAAACGUACCAUCGAUGCCAAGACCCAUAGGCAUUUCAUCGCACCAUACGUGGCCCUCGAGACGGUCCUCAAGUGCUGGGGUACCUCGUCACUUGCACAAGCGCUAGCCUGGGAGACCGACGGCUACUUGCAGCUGGCGGCCACGGCAGAGGCUCGCAGCUUGAUGGGUCUGUUCCUGGCCAAGAGCAGUAUCAAGGCGCGAUCCACGGCCAUUCGUCAUGGUCAGCCUGAUACUCGACCGCUUUUUGCCUUUGUUGUGGGCGCCGGAUGGAUGGGCGUCGGCAUUGGCCAAAAGCUGGCACGCCAUGGUGCCACGGUUCGAUUCUUUGACGUUGACAAGGAAAUGAUCGACCGGGCACAAACGCGAGUUUCGCGCCUAUUUACCGGUUUGGUCAACAAGCACCGAAUGAGUAAAGUCGAGGCCCAGGAACGGAUGGAAGCCAUCAGCUACACCACUGAAAAGGACUUUGCUGCUUUUGAGCAGCAAGCUCAAGCAGCUGGUGCCAUUUCAGUCGUUUUGGAGGCCAUUCCUGAGGAUAUGGCACUCAAGCAUAAGCUCAUCCACGAGGUCAUGUCUGCCACCAAAAACACGACUUUUGUAAGCAACACGUCUUCGAUCCCCAUGGCAAAGCUCUGCGAGGGCCUACCCGUUGCGGAACAGGCCCGGAUCGUCGGUGUCCACUACUUUCACCCCGAACACGACGUCACGCCGGUUGUUGAAAUCAUUCCUGGGCCCGAGAGCAACCACGAGAGCCGUCUGAGCGCCCUUCGCAUUGCUGAUCUGAGCAACAAGCUGCCCGUUACCGUGGGCGACGGUCCUGCCUUUAUCUUAAACCGCAUCGCAAGCCCCUUUUACACCAUGGCGGCCUAUCUGCUCGUCACAGGGGCUGCAUCACAAGAACGCAUUGACAAGGUCAUGCAACGGCAAGGCUUUCCGGCGGGCCCGUUUGCCAUUUUGGACGGCAUUGGUCUCAAGACAGCCCGCAUGGUGGGCCAGAGCAUCCAAGGCCUGACGGGCGAGACGGGUGCCAAUGCUGCACAGGCCCUUUUGGGAGCCAUGCUUGACCGUGGCUGGACUGGCCGCAGCUUCCAGGGCGAGUCCACCGGCUUUUAUGCGUGGAAGGAAGGCAAACAGGGCGAGGCAAACCCCGAGAUGAAAGCCGUCUCUCAGAUUGUGCGCAGCCGGCUCGCAGCGGAAGAGGAUGCGCAACACGGGCAAGGUGUUUUGCACAGCAAGCGAGUCAACCCCAUUUCGGAUGCUGACGUGUCCGACGCGCUCAUUCUGUCCAUUCUCAACGAGGCAUGCCGGGCAUUGGACGAAGGUGUGGCCAAGGAGCCCAUGGACGUGGACAUGCUUGUAACAGCGGGGCUUGGGUUCCCGCCACAGCAAGCGCUGGCCGUCUUGCUGGCCGCGGUCCUACCUCUGGCCUGCCACCUGUGGGCCAAGCUCUGA